AUGGGUUCUACAGAUCCGGAAUCCCUUCAAAGUUCAGAUACAGUCAAUGCCCAGGGCAGCAAUGCAGAAAGCAAUAGCCUCUGUCUCGGGCUUCUUUUGUCUGCCCUCGAGACUAGUAUCAUUGCUACGUCGCUAGUCUCGAUCACGUCGACCUUCUUGGUUAUCUUUGCUCGAAUGAGUGACUUGUUUGGCCGGAAAACGACCUUGAUUUCUGCGCUAAGUUUGUUCACGACCUUUUCCCUCGCCUGUGGACUGGCACGUUCAAUGGAGAUGCUUAUCAUUUUCCGCGCUUUCCAGGGCAUCGGCGGGGCAGGACUGUACAGUCUUGCUAUUUCCGUGAUCGCAGAAGUGACUCCAAUACAACAUGCCGGUCUAGCAGUUGGAAUGAUGAGCUCUGUCUUUGCGGUGGCUAGUUUAUUGGGUCCCAUCCUGGGGGGCGCUAUCACCAGCCAUACCACCUGGAGAUGGGUAUUUUACCUCAACCUUCCUCCGGGAGUCAUCAUCUCCAUCCUUGUCAUAGCCGUGUUCCCUCGCAAUGCAGGACCGCUGCCAACAACAUGGGCAACCAUCCAGGGCAUUGAUUUCAUCGGGAUUGCCACCUCCUUGGCCGGAUCAGUUCUGCUAAUCUUUGCGCUUGAAUCGGGAGGAACGUUUUACGCGUGGGACAGUGGCACCAUUGUGGCAUGUUUUGUUGUCGCGGCGCUCUGCUUCAUUGCAUUUGGUACUUGGCAAUGGUUUCUCUGUCGCUCAUCCCUUAAUCGAAGGAUUCUUCCCCUCUUCCCCACUAAUCUCGUCACUCAACGAUUUUCAGGGCUUGCAAUUCUGACGGCUUUUCUAACCGGAUUUCCCUUCAUGAUGACCCUCAUCUUUCUUCCGCAGCGACUGCAGUUACAGAAUGGGCUCAGUCCGGUCGAUGCCGGUGUAGACAUGUUGGCCCUGCUUUUGCUAUCAGCCUUUGGCUCUUUCCUUGCUGGCAUGCUCAUCAGUAUAUUUGGAAUUGGCUGGCAUGUCCUGGUCGCAUCACUCUUUUUACAGAUCAUUGGGCUCAGUUUGAUGACAACGCUCCCUGUCACGUCCGGUCCAGUCCCGUCUGCGCAGUUUGGCUACCAGGUGAUUCUGGGAUUGGGCUUUGGCCUGGCACUGAGUAGCCUGGCUAUGACCGCGCGUGUGGGUAUGAAAGAGCAGGACAUCAGUAUCUGCAUGGGCUCUAUUACUCAAGUUCGCGUCCUGGGGGGCGUAAUCGGUAUCGCCCUCGGGCAAGCGAUCACCACAUCACAUUUAAAGUCCGAACUACUCCCUAUAAUCGGGGCCAGCAAACUGACCGAACUACUGAGCUCCACCGAGGCCGUCAAGGCGUUCCCAGCGGCAGAAGCAGUGCUAGUGAAAGAAUGCUACGGACGGGCCUUUGCCCUACAGGAUAAAAUCAUGCUCGCAUUCACCGCGGUCAGCGUGCUAGCCAUGAUGGGAGCCUAUGUCAAGGACACCCGGUCAGCCAAGGACCAAGCCACGCAACAGUCGCACUCAUCGUCGAUGGAGAGUGCAAUUAUCAGCUCGAGCCCACCGCGGAUCGAGAUGAGUUUGGGAAAUCCUACCGAGGCCAGUCUGUCGCAGGAAGUCGAAAAGGCUACGAUAGGGACGUUCUUCUGGGGUAAAAGGCUAAGCCAGGCGAGCACUCAGAGGGAGCCUCAGACGGCCUCGUCUAUGUGGAGUACAAUAUUUAGUCCUCACGGCCCGCAGAUCGGGAUGGCUUUUGGGAAUUAUACAGAGGACAGUUUGACAUCACAAUUCGAGCAGGCGACGAGGCAUUUUGUAUGAUUUGAU